UCAAAACUCUCCAAAUUCCUACUUCUCACUUGCUAAUGCAGAAAUCAUGAUAUUUGGAAGCACCAACUUAACAUUUGACCACGUGGUCUACACUCACACUGGAACACAAACAGAUCAGGUAGUAAACUACCUGUUCGCUUUGAUAGCACUACUCUCAAUGGUGUUGGGUGUUGUGUGUAAUGUUGCUCUCUUUUACUAUAACACCGCGGUUAACAGCAAGAAUGUUGCUUCCAUCAUUUACAGAUGCAUAGCAGUUUGGGAUCUAGCGGUCUGUCUGAUAAAAUGUCCCCAACAAAUGUACACACUUCUAAAAGCCGAACUAUCCCCUUUCUACCUCGACACCGUGUCUCCAUUCCAGAGAGUCCUCAGUAUUUUCACUUUAUCAGACAGUUUGAUAAUGGGAGCUCUGAUUUCCCUCCUGGCAGUUACAAGGUUCGCAUUCCUAACCCUUCCCAUCUGGAGCUACCUUCACAAAACAGCUAUAAAGCGAGCUGUUUGCUCCUACAUUCUACUAGUUCACCUUGUUACAGCUGCUGUUUUUAUUAAGAACCUGACUGGUCAGGCUUACUGGUUCGGGCCCUGUCAGUGGGCCAUACCUCAGGGUCACAUAUUCCUCGUCCUCUGGAUUAACAGUGUUUUCUACUUGAACCUAGGGGCUGGAGUCCUCUUCUCGCUGUUAACAGCAGGGUGGAUUGUGUUUAAAGGGAGGAGGAGAGAAGGAGGAGGUGGAGCAGUGAACCAGGGUAGUGUUACAAUAAUCCUGAUGAACGGUGGUUUGGUGGUGUUCCUCCUGCUCUGGAUGUUCCUGGACAGGGAUCUGCCACAGACCCCACGUGAUAACAUGACCAAGUACAUUGACACACGGUACUACAUGUACUAUCUGUACUAUCUUAUCAGUACGGUGUUCCCGGUGGUGCUGGCAGCGUAUAACCCUCUGGUGGUCUGUGUGAGGUGCGGUGAGUUGAGUCGGAGUGUCAGGUCACUGGGGAUCAGGUGGCGGGGGAAGUUGGGGGGAAGUGAGGUCAGGGGAGGCACUGAGACUACUAAUAUUUUGAGUAAACGAGCUGAGUUGUAA